AUGCACAUGUGUGAGCGAGAAAGCGAAGAUAUCAAGAGCUGUAUUGAUGUUGAAUUGGAAUCAAGCAGUUACCUUAUUGCCCCUGCCUCGUUGCAACAAACCACAGCGCGGCACAGACUGGAGCGCGUCUCGACGUGCAGCGAUAACAAGUUGAGUGUAAAUUUUGGCUUGCAACUCGAGCAGAAUGCGACGAGUGGAAGCGAGAGCUACACCGCGACUCCAACAACGAACACCGACGAAUCAAUAAUACCCAGUCAGCUACUACUCCAGUUCCUGGCCUGGCUCCGUCUCUACGCCUUUGGCUUCUAUGUCGCCCUUUUUGCCUGGAAGUUCUACGACUGGGCACAGUUGGUGGAGGAGGACACGGAGUCCUUUUGGCUCUUUUUGAAAUGGAUCGCAAUAGAUUGCGCCUUUCUCUUUGGCCUACCAGAGCUGAGGAUACCAUGGCUUGAGCUGUCACAGUCGUUCGUGGUUGUGGCAUUCUUCUUCCAUGCCCUUUUCGACUGGUUGCUUAUGUUUAAUAUCGGAGUAUGGAUCCUCGGCUUCGUCAAAGUCUUCUACGACCGCGAGCUCGCGAUCUCGGAACACAAUGUGAAGGUGUCCAAUAUUCUACACAAUUCCUCGUUGAUCAUGGGUCGCCAAGUCAUCAACAUUCUCCCAGAAGGUUCCGCUGUGCUGAACCCUGAACUUCACCCCUUCUGCUUGGGUGGCGACCGUAAGACGGUGCCAUUGCCCAUAUUUUUCAAUGCCACCAUUCCGGUUGAAGUCGAGCUCAUCCGCACCGACCUUGAAACGAACCAGCAGGAGACCAUCAAACUGUCAAGGGUGCAAAUCCGGGACAUUGAACGCAAAGCGAAGCGGGAAAGCCAGGAGGGGGUCCAAAGCGUGGUUCAAUUCGAUUACCUGGUGAAGAAGCCUGGCGUUUACCAGCUGGGACGGGUCCUCGAUGAGUACAAGCUAGAGGUUCAGCGGCAAAACCCUCAAACGUUCGUCGUGCCUUGCCCAAAGGCCUGGGUCGGUUCUGUCGCGCAAGGACGCUGCGUGGGCGAUCUUUCGGACCUCUCCCUUCGAGUUGAGGGGACGCCGCCACUGAAGAUCAAGUACAGCCGUACAAUUAACGGGAAGGACCACAGCUUCCAUUUCCAGAGCUUGCAGCCAGAAGGCUUCACGUCCCCUCUUGGUGCCCUGCGUUCGACGAGUAUGAUCAGUCUGGAUGACGAGGAUAUCUCUUGGGCCAGGCCACAGCGGGUGCCUGUCAGCCUCAACGAAUCCAUGCACGCCAGCGGAGAGUGGCAAUACUCUGUAGACGAGGUCCAAGACGGAUUCGGGAACCUCGUCAAGUAUGAGUCUUCAGUCGAGGACCCGGAUGCAAAGCCCAAGCCCAAGCAUCUCGUGCAAAACUUCGUUGUCAAGGAGCGCCCACAGGUACGACUCGAGGGCUGCGACUUGAGGAGACCGCUCAAGGUUGCCAAGGGUGAAUCCAAGGAGCUGCCCGUCCGCUUCAAGAUCGCUGGCCAGACCCCCGACGUCACAGCACAUACGCUAGCCUGGACUUUCUCACCCAUCGAUACCCUCACUGAAAGCGGCGACCACGGAGAUGUUGUCACUACGGGCACGUACAAUGCAAAGAACGCCCGUGACCGGCCGUCCAUUUCCGCCCCGGGUCUGUACACUCUGAAGUCCGUGUCUGCCAGCUCGUGUGAGGGCGAAGUUCAAGAGCCCUCUUCUUGCCUGCUACUUAACCCUCUCGAGCCCAAAGUCACCCUGCGCACCGAGGAUAUCCCCGACACAUGUGCCGGUAAUUCGAUCGGCCUGCGCGUGGACAUGGAUUUGAUCGGAACACCGCCUUUCGUUGUCAGAUACGACGUUAUCUCCAAUGGCGAUCGUCGGUCUGAGAGGAUCAACAUUCCUGGCCUGCGAUACCAGAUGGAUCUCAUCCCCCGCGUUGCCGGACAUCACAAGUACAUCUUCACCCACAUCGGCGACGACAUUUACAACAGGGGCCGGAGGCUCACCGGAUCCGAGUAUGUCUUAGAACAGGACGUCAAGCCGGCAGCGUCGGCCCUUAUCCAACACAGAUCGGGCAAGGUGAGCGCCUGCUUGGGCGAUGAGGUCACAACUGAAAUUCUGCUCCUCGGCGACGCCCCAUUCACGCUUGAAUGGGAGAUCAUCCACGACGGGAAAAGGAAGCAGCACAAGGCUACCAAUAUUCAAGAGAACACGUAUCAAAUCAAGACAAAGCCGUUGACGCAAGGCGGCGAGUACACCUUGGGUUUGACGAGUGUCCAGGAUAAGAGAGGCUGCAGAAACUUCUUGCAGGAAGAGCUCAAGAUUUCUGUGAGGCGCCAGAGCCCACGCGCUGCUUUUGGUCAAGUCGAGGGCAAGCGAAAGAUGCUGGCUGUCGAGGGUGCAACGGCGAAGCUCCCGGUCCGCCUUACUGGGGAAGGGCCAUGGCGAAUCUUCUACACCAACACCAACGACGGGCCGGAAGACAAUCCGAAGGUUUUUGAGCGGACGGUUAGGAGCGACAACGGGUUUCUCGGCGUCGAUACCCGUGGCAUUUACACAAUUACGGAUGUUUGGGAUAACCAGUGUCACGGAGUCGUUGACGCCAAGGCAUCCAAGUUUGAGCUCGACUGGUACCCUCGGCCCGAAAUGGCUGUGCCGUUGUCACACGGCGUUAGACAGACAGACGGCGGCUUCGUGUUGGAAGAUGUCUGCGAGGGCGACGUGUCGGGCUUCGAAGUCGCUCUGCAAGGAACACCCCCAUACACCGUGGAAUACGAGGUCCGCCAUCAACCUCUCCAAGGGUCUAGCGCACUGAGCAAGCGGAAAUUCGACGCCACCCUUGGGAAGGAGACUAUCCAGGCGGAUACGUCCAAGGCAGGCACAUACAAAUACAAAUUCACCGCUCUGGAAGACCACUUGUAUAGCAGCGCCCGCCACUUCAAGCCGCUGGUGGUCAAACAGAAGGUGAACCGAAAGCCGUCCGCGGCCUUCGUCAAGCCCGGGCAGACAUUCAAGUACUGCAAGUCAGAGCAGGAUAACGAAGACGGCAUCCCGGUCGCGCUGACAGGCGUCCCCCCAUUCGCGCUGGAGAUCGAGCUCAAGCACCAGAGCGCUGCAGUGCCCGAGAUUUACCGCACGCCGGCCAUCAACUCGCACACGUACGAAAUCCGCAUCCCGCGGCACCAGCUCCGGCUCGGCACGCAGCAAAUCCGUAUCCGCGACGUCAAGGACGGCAGCGGCUGCCACUCGAUGGCGGAGCUCGGCGGACCCGCGGUGCAGGUCCAGAUGUUUGAGGCGCCCACCAUCUACCCGCUCGAGACGCGCACAGACUACUGCGUGGGCGAGCGCAUCUCGUACACGCUCUCGGGCACGCCGCCGUUCGAGGUGUGGUACACGUUCGACGGGGUGGAGCGCAAGGCGCGGUCGCCGACGACCAACUUCCGGCGCGUGGCCGAGUCGCCGGGCGAGUUCGCCAUCACGACCAUCGCCGACAAGGCCAGCGAGUGCCGGGCGCCGGUGCGCAUCGCCAAGGCGAUCCACCCCAUGCCGGCGGUGCGCAUCAGCCAGGGCCGCAACGCCCGCGUCGACAUCCACGAGGGCGGCGAGGUCGAGAUCCUCUUCGAGUUCUGGGGCACCCCGCCCUUCGAGUUCACCUACACGCGCAGCACCAACGCCCGGAAGGGCCAGAAGAGCCAGGUGCUGGAGACCCGCCACGAAGUGAGCCACGAGCACAGCAAGGUCAUCCGGGCCAGCCAGGAGGGCACAUACGAGGUGGUGGCGAUCAAGGAUAAAUACUGUGCGUUCUCGACGCAGGGGGCUGAGGUUGGGAAGGAGAAGGUUAAGGGGCAGAAGGUUCUGGGGUAUUAG